GUUAUUGGUCAAGCCUAGACUAUUAAACGGUGGAAUUGCUUACUUCCAAAUUCUUUUGUCAGGAUCCUGUCAUCCCCGUUUUAAAGAUCAUUUCAUAAGUAUCUGUAUAAUCUGAAUACAUAAAAAAAAUCAAACAAAAAAAUCAAACAAAAAAAUCAAACAAAAUCUGCCUCUAAUUUUCUGUAUUUAAUUUUAAAGAUCAAAUUAACAAGCUAGAAAAAUUAAUUAAUUAAAGGAAAAGGGAACGUGAUAAUCGAUAUAUCAUGGAAGAAGGAUUGUUAAUAAAGCAGCAGCAGGAGAAUGAAGAAAAUAGAAAAAUGAAAUGGGGAGAAAUAGGAGAAGAAAUAAAAAGAGUGAGUAAAAUAGCAGGGCCAAUGGUGGCUGUAAUGAUGGCACAAUAUAUGUUACAGGUAGUGACUUUAAUGAUGGUUGGUCAUCUUGGUAAAUUAUACCUUGCGAGUACUGCUCUUGCUGUUUCCAUUGCUGCUGUCACUGGUUUCAGCCUCUUGCUCGGGAUGGCAGGAGCAUUGGAGACAUUAAGCGGACAAGCCUAUGGAGCAAGACAGUACAACAAAGUCGGAACACAAACAUACACAGCCAUUUUCUCCCUAGCCUUAAUUAGCAUCCCACUUAGCUUCAUAUGGAUAAACAUGGGUAAAAUCCUUGUGUUCAUAGGCCAAGAUCCUUCCAUUUCACAUGAAGCAGGCAAAUUCAUGACCUAUCUUGUCCCAACACUCUUCUCUUAUGCCGUCUUUCAACCCCUCGUUCGAUACUUUCAAUCCCAAAGCUUGGUCAUACCGAUGUUCAUAAGCUCCUGUGCUACGCUUUGCCUACAUAUACCCCUUUGCUGGGCUUUGGUUUACAAAUCUGGCUUACAAAACCUUGGAGGUGCUAUUGCAAUGGGAAUAUCAAACUGGCUCAAUGCCAUUUUUCUUGCAUUGUACAUGAAAUUCUCUUCGUCGUGUGCACCGACUCGUUCUCCACUUUCCAUCGAGAUCUUCGAUGGAAUAGGCCAGUUUUUCCGUUUUGCUAUCCCAUCUGCUGCAAUGAUUUGUUUCGAGUGGUGGUCGUUUGAGCUGCUGGUUUUACUGUCAGGUUUUUUACCAAAUCCAGAACUUGAGACUUCUGUUCUUUCUGUGUGCUUGACUACUACAUCAACACUAUUUGCUAUACCUUAUGGAAUCUCUGCUGCAGCAAGCACAAGAGUUGCCAAUGAACUUGGGGCGGGAAAUCCACAGGCAGCUCGUAAAGCAUCCCGUGCAGUUAUCCUAAUGGGUGUUGCAAACGGGUUAGUUGUGAGCUCGAUCCUGUUUGCAACUCGAAAAGUUUUCGGGUAUUGUUUCAGCAGCGAGAAAGAAGUUAUAGAAUAUGUCGGAAAUAUGGCAAUUAUUGUUAGUGGUAACGUUAUAUUCGAUAGCACACAAGCAGUUAUUUCAGGGGUUGCGCGAGGGUGUGGAUGGCAGCAUAUAGCCUCAUUCGUGAAUCUUGUUGCGUACUAUAUUGUGGGAAUUCCAGUUGCUGCUGCAUUAGGUUUUUGGAUGCACCUCAGAGGAAGAGGGCUUUGGUUGGGAGUACUAUGUGGUGCUAUAACUCAGACAAUCCUUUUGGCUAUUAUAACUAGUCGUACGAACUGGGAAGAUGAGUCAAGGAAAGCUAGAAAAGGAUUAGAGCAAGAAAGCUUGAGAGUUAACAAUGGACAAUAUCUUGAUGAGCACAGACCGUUGAUAAACUAGUCAGAGAUCAAGGAUAAACGGAAGAAUAUAAUAUCGGACACCAAGCAUACUCGGCCAAGGAAAGUUAUGCUGCUGGUGUUAAGUGAGUGGUUUUGUUGGUACAACUGCGUUUGGCAAUAAUGAAAGUUUUUUCUACAACCAUUCUUGAAGUAUUGGCAUAGUUUCCAUUUAUAGAAACAUUGUCAUCUUUUAUUCUAUACAUGAUGCCAUCCUUGAUUUUAUACUUGGGACAUUUUAUUUAUCACUUAUCUGUUUAAAGUUUUAGUGAUAACCCAUCAUUCCUUAAUGGUGAACUUUUUCAAGUCUUGUCUAUUAUUAUUCGUCUACCAGAUCAAUUUCGAGUUGGGUGUAAUGCGGUCUCCUAGUAUUUCUUUUGAGGGAAUCUGAUGUAUUUUCAAUGGUUAUGGAAGUCUUGAUAUGGUGUAGCACAGAAUAGGAAAAGAAUAGGAGAAGAUUAUUAAUUUCUUUAUUGAA